AUGCCGGAAGUCGAAACCACACAGGCGGCGGUAACGUCCCUGACUACAGAGACUCUAAUUGAAAAUGGGCACUUGAGGACGACCAAAAAUGAGAUUGGCUCAUUGGAGGGUCUUCCCACGCUGACCAACGGCGAGGUACAGAUAAAAAAGUACGAAAUGUCCCAACAACAGCAGCAAUCUCCUACUGCUAAACAGCGAAGCGUUGAUGAGCUGAUAUCUCCAACAAAAUUAGACCUUCAUUCAAAGUCUUCCCGGGAAACGCUAAAAGCUCCACAGCGCGCAGAUACAAAUCAGACCAUGGAUCGUCAUUCCCAAAUUACCCAAACAACGGCCCCUUCCAGUGGCAUGGAUAGACAGGGAUAUACCCCUUCUCAUACUAUUGCAAUUCCCCAAGCGUAUGCCCAGAGCGAAGCCACAGGCGCAGAUAGAUACAACCAGCAGACUUUGACCAACCGCCAUCGGUUCAACAGAGGAAAUUCGCUGUCUUUGGGGACCCAGAGACGCAAGACUAAGACUAGAACGGAUGACAGAUACGUCAUUCCCGGUCAGCGUGUCGUUGAGGGUCAUCACAACUAUGUGAUGGCCUACAACAUGAUCACAGGGAUCCGAGUCGCCGUUUCGAGAUGUUCCAAAUUGCCUGGCCCGCUUAAAGACGAGGAUUUUACCCGUGUCUCGAAGCUAAUUUUUGACAUGGAAGGAAACACAAUGACACCGUCUACCAAGUACGAGUUUAAGUUCAAAGACUACGCCCCGGAGAUUUUCAGACAUCUUCGAAACAAGUUCAACAUCGACCAAGCAGACUACUUGCUUUCGCUGACAGAGAGGGUCAGUUUGACGGAGCUUGGCUCGCCGGGAAAAAGUGGCUCAUUUUUCUACUAUUCCAGAGAUUACCGGUUUAUCAUCAAGACCAUCCAUCAUUCCGAACACAAACAUCUUCGAAGGUGCCUGAAGCGCUACUAUGAGUAUGUGGAUAAGAAUCCGCAGACGUUCAUAUGUCAAUUUUACGGAUUGCAUCGGCUCAAGAUGCAUUCGGCAACAGGUAUUCAUAAGAUCCAUUUUCUGGUGAUGAACAACAUCUUUCCUCCGCACCGUGAUUUGCACGAGAAGUAUGACCUUAAGGGCUCUACAUACGGACGGAUCACGAAUGUGGCGGCCGCAAAAGCUCAAGGGAAGACGUCGAUUGUCCAAAAAGACCUGAACUGGUUGCAGAACAAGGACAGACUCAAGUUCGGGCCUACCAAGAGAAAACAGAUCUUGCAGCAGCUCCGAGGCGAUGUGGAGCUUCUACAGGAACUCAACAUCAUGGAUUACUCGUUCCUUAUUGGUAUUCACGAUCUUUCUCAAGCGGCACUAGAAGACCCGUACAACCAACUGUCAAAUUUCGAUCCGCCAGAGAUCCAACACCAAUCCGCAUCCACGUACUCAGAAGGCCUGCUGGACAACGAUGGUGGCAUUCGCGGAACCGACGAAGAAGACAACGAGAUAGAAGUUGUAUACUACAUGGGGGUGAUCGACUGUCUGACCAACUACUCCACACUGAAGCGACUCGAGACAUUUUUCCGGUCUCUAAACCACAAACGCGAGACUAUCAGUGCAGUUCCUCCGGUCGAGUAUGGUCAGCGGUUCUUAAAAUUUAUAGAAACAGCUAUGACACCUACGAAAAACUCCGCUGUCUAG